CUGGAAAUGUGACUGACACUCUGGAAGCAGCCGUUUCCUCCAACAGUUCAGACUUUUCAGACCUGGGUGUCAAUGCAAGCAGUAUAAAAGCAGAUCGGGUGUUUAAGUCAACGCCAACUGAAGCUCCCCAAACAACAGUAGCAACUUCGACUUCAGCCUCAACCUCACCGCCCGACACAACAGCUGCCACAACAACGCCAACAUCAAGCCCAACAAGCCUUGUGACAUCUGAAAGUGGCUCCACCUCAACACCAGCACAAUCAUCAACAUCAGUACCCAUCACAUCAUCACCUCAAACAUCUCCUUCAACAUCACAGCCUAUGACACUAUCUCCAUCCUCACCAUCAGUAACCAUCACAACACAGGCGUCAUCAUCAGUCUCUAUCUCUGCCUCCUCUACACCAGUAGCUACAACUCCAACAUCUGCUUCAGAAGCGACCACAUCCCCUGUACCAUCAACACCCCAAAUCACAUCAACAUCAAUUACAACACAAACAAAUUAUACUACACUCACUUUCACAAAUGCUACAUCUCCAACAUCAGCUUCAGAAUCCACCACAUCCCCCGCACCAUCACCAUCAACACCAGAAGUCACAUCAACAUCAUUUACGCCACAAACAAGUGCCAUAACACUCACAUCAGCAACAGCUACAUCUCCGACAUCAGCUUCAGAAUCCACCACAUCCCCCGUACCAUCAACAACAGAAGUCACAUCAACAUCUAUGCCACAAACAAGUGGGAUGACACCCACAUCCACAACUACUAAAUCUCCAACAUCAGCUUCAGAAUCCACCACAUCCCCUGCACCAUCACCAUCAACACCAGAAGUCACAUCAACAUCAAGUGCCAUAACACUCACAUCCACAACAGUUCGCCAAACAACAACUACUCCAGCACCCAUUCCAGAACCUGAGGUCAAACUGGAAUUCAAACUGGAGAAGCAAUUCACACAAGAACUGCAAAAUGCCUCUUCACCAGCAUUUCAAGAGCUGGCUACUCAAGUGACCUCAGCGCUUGAUAAAGUGUAUACUGAAAAGUUUGGAUCUAGUUUCAAUCGUACAGAAAUCCUAGGCUUCAGACAAGGAUCUGUCGUUGUGGAUUCUGUACUGAUCUUUAACGAUGUAGACUCUGUUCCUGAAACUGGAAAUGUGACUGACACUCUGGAAGCAGCCGUUUCCUCCAACAGUUCAGACUUUUCAGACCUGGGUGUCAAUGCAAGCAGUAUAAAAGCAGAUCGGGUGUUUAAGUCAACGCCAACUGAAGCUCCCCAAACAACAGUAGCAACUUCAACUUCAGCCUCAACCUCACCGCCCGACACAACAGCUGCCACAACAACGCCAACAUCAAGCCCAACAAGCCUUGUGACAUCUGAAAGUGGCUCCACCUCAACACCAGCACAAUCAUCAACAUCAGUACCCAUCACAUCAUCACCUCAAACAUCUCCUUCAACAUCACAGCCUAUGACACUAUCUCCAUCCUCACCAUCAGUAACCAUCACAACACAGGCGUCAUCAUCAGUCUCUAUCUCUGCCUCCUCUACACCAGUAGCUACAACUCCAACAUCUGCUUCAGAAGCAACCGCAUCCCCUGUACCAUCAACACCCCAAAUCACAUCAACAUCAAUUACAACACAAACAAAUUCUACUACACUCACUUUCACAAAUGACUCCACCUCAACACCAGCACAAUCAUCAACAUCAGUACCCAUCACAACAUCACCUCAAACAUCUCCUUCAACAUCACAGUCUAUGACACUAUCUCCAUCCUCACCAUCAAUAACAACCACAACACAGGCUUCAUCAUCAGUCUCUAUCUCUGCUUCUUCUACACAUGCAGCUACAUCUCCAACAUCAGCUUCAGAAUCCACCACAUCCCCCGCACCAUCACCAUCAACACCAGAAGUCACAUCAACAUCAUUUACGCCACAAACAAGUGCCAUAACACUCACAUCCACAACAGGCUCUGCCCCAACACCAUCACAAUCAUCAACAUCAGAGCCAAUCACAACAUCACCUCAAAAAUCUCUUUCGACAUCACAGUCUAUGUCACUAUCUCCUUCCUCAUCAUCAGUAACCACAACACAGACGUCAUCAUCAGUCUCUAUCUCUGCUUCUUCUACACCAGUAGCUACAUCUCCGACAUCAGCUUCAGAAUCCACCACAUCCCCCGUACCAUCAACAACAGAAGUCACAUCAACAUCUAUGCCACAAACAAGUGGGAUGACACCCACAUCCACAACUACUAAAUCUCCAACAUCAGCUUCAGAAUCCACCACAUCCCCUGCACCAUCACCAUCAACACCAGAAGUCACAUCAACAUCAAGUGCCAUAACACUCACAUCCACAACAGUUCGCCAAACAACAACUACUCCAGCACCCAUUCCAGAACCUGAGGUCAAACUGGAAUUCAAACUGGAGAAGCAAUUCACACAAGAACUGCAAAAUGCCUCUUCACCAGCAUUUCAAGAGCUGGCUACUCAAGUGACCUCAGCGCUUGAUAAAGUGUAUACUGAAAAGUUUGGAUCUAGUUUCAAUCGUACAGAAAUCCUAGGCUUCAGACAAGGAUCUGUCGUUGUGGAUUCUGUACUGAUCUUUAACGAUGUAGACUCUGUUCCUGAAACUGGAAAUGUGACUGACACUCUGGAAGCAGCCGUUUCCUCCAACAGUUCAGACUUUUCAGACCUGGGUGUCAAUGCAAGCAGUAUAAAAGCAGAUCGGGUGUUUAAGUCAACGCCAACUGAAGCUCCCCAAACAACAGUAGCAACUUCGACUUCAGCCUCAACCUCACCGCCCGACACAACAGCUGCCACAACAACGCCAACAUCAAGCCCAACAAGCCUUGUGACAUCUGAAAGUGGCUCCACCUCAACACCAGCACAAUCAUCAACAUCAGUACCCAUCACAUCAUCACCUCAAACAUCUCCUUCAACAUCACAGCCUAUGACACUAUCUCCAUCCUCACCAUCAGUAACCAUCACAACACAGGCGUCAUCAUCAGUCUCUAUCUCUGCCUCCUCUACACCAGUAGCUACAACUCCAACAUCUGCUUCAGAAGCAACCACAUCCCCUGUACCAUCAACACCCCAAAUCACAUCAACAUCAAUUACAACACAAACAAAUGCUACUACACUCACUUUCACAAAUGACUCCACCUCAACACCAGCACAAUCAUCAACAUCAGUACCCAUCACAACAUCACCUCAAACAUCUCCUUCAACAUCACAGUCUAUGACACUAUCUCCAUCCUCACCAUCAUUAACCAUCACAACACAGGCGUCAUCAUCAGUCUCUAUCUCUGCCUCCUCUACACCAGUAGCUACAACAUCUGCCUCAGAGGCAACAACAUCCCCUGUACCAUCAACACCAACUGUCACAUCAACAUCAGUUACACCACAAACAAAUGCCACAACACUUACAUCCACAACUGGUUAG